CCCGCCAGCUCCACCUUCUUUCACCCCCCUCCUCCCCUGCAGCCGGCCGGUCGGUCGCUCCCUCCUCCCCUACAGCGGUUGAUAUGACGUCACCGCGCUGCUGAUCUCCGUUUCGUUGACAGCGCGGCGGCGGCUGCCCAUAGUGCCCGGCGGAAGGGAUAGGCAGGAGAAGGUGGCGCGGGACAGCGGCUCGGCGGUGAUACAGCUCUGUGACAAUAAAAGGAAUUAUCCCUAAGGAGGUUUCCUGCCGCCCUUCGUGCCCAGCCCUUCGGCUCCAUUCUUGAUUUUUUUUUUACACACUUGUUUUUCUACGUUGUGGUUUGUUCUCGCCGUGUGUCAGGAGCGCCUCCAAACCCCCCCCAAACCCUGCACACACCGCCCUUCACAGACCUUCCUGAGGAGGCCCGGGAGCGGCCAUUGCUCGUCACCGCGCUCUGCGCUCGGAUGUGUCCUCCGGUGGAAUGAACAUUUCUUGAAUGACUCCCAAGUUUUCUUUGGAACUCUGCCUGUGGUGAAGAGGUUUCCGACAACUGAAGCCACUCUGUGGCUGUAUGCUUUACAGAUUCGGGGUUCCAUAGGAUUUGUGAACUCCUGAAACUCUCCUAUAUUAAGUCAUAGAGACUUGCUAAUCAUGGUCCUGUCACAGAGACAACGAGAUGAGCUAAAUCGAGCAAUAGCAGACUAUCUUCGUUCUAAUGGCUAUGAAGAGGCCUACUCUGUUUUUAAAAAGGAGGCAGAGUUAGAUAUGAAUGAAGAGUUAGAUAAAAAGUAUGCUGGCCUACUGGAAAAGAAAUGGACAUCAGUUAUCAGAUUACAGAAGAAGGUUAUGGAAUUGGAAUCAAAACUGAAUGAAGCAAAAGAAGAGUUUACUUCUGGGGGACCUAUAGGACAGAAGAGGGACCCCAAAGAAUGGAUACCACGUCCUCCAGAAAAAUAUGCACUUAGUGGUCACAGGAGUCCAGUCACUCGUGUCAUUUUCCAUCCAGUGUUUAGUGUUAUGGUCACUUCUUCAGAGGAUGCAACUAUUAAGGUGUGGGACUAUGAGACGGGAGAUUUUGAGCGAACACUCAAGGGACACACAGACUCUGUGCAGGAUAUCUCAUUUGAUCAUUCUGGCAAGCUACUGGCCUCCUGCUCAGCUGACAUGACCAUCAAACUAUGGGAUUUUCAAGGAUUUGAGUGCAUUAGGACCAUGCAUGGUCACGAUCACAAUGUUUCUUCAGUAGCUAUAAUGCCUAAUGGAGAUCAUAUAGUGUCCGCCUCAAGGGAUAAAACCAUUAAGAUGUGGGAGGUUCAGACAGGUUAUUGUGUGAAGACGUUCACGGGGCACAGAGAAUGGGUUCGCAUGGUGAGGCCAAAUCAAGAUGGUACCCUAAUUGCAAGUUGUUCUAAUGAUCAGACAGUCCGUGUUUGGGUGGUAGCAACAAAAGAAUGCAAAGCAGAGCUUAGAGAACAUGAGCACGUUGUAGAGUGCAUUUCCUGGGCCCCCGAAAGCUCUUAUACUACUAUAUUGGAUGCCACAGGAUCAGAGACUAAGAAGAGUGGAAAGCCUGGACCAUUUUUGCUGUCCGGUUCCAGAGAUAAGACUAUCAAGAUGUGGGAUAUCAGUACUGGCAUGUGCCUAAUGACACUUGUUGGCCAUGAUAACUGGGUACGUGGCAUCCUGUUUCACCCAGGUGGCAAGUUUAUAUUGAGCUCUGCUGAUGAUAAAACCCUACGUAUUUGGGACUAUAAGAACAAGCGCUGCAUGAAAACCUUGAAUGCGCAUGAACACUUUGUUACCUCUUUGGAUUUCCACAAGACUGCACCAUAUGUGGUCACUGGAAGCGUAGAUCAAACAGUAAAAGUGUGGGAGUGCCGUUGAUUUGACCUCACCUUGGUUCCCAUCGCCUCUCCCCUCUCCUCUGGAUGCACUCAGAUACCAUGGUUACCCAUCUGUUAAAUACCUAUUGUCCUUUCAUGUAAAUUAUUCUGGAUGUAGAUUGAGCUUAUUAAAUGUUACACAAAAAGUAUUCAUGCAUGGUGAAUCCAAAUUGUAUACUGUAAAUUUACAUACGUUGUCUAGAAGUACCAUAGGUUUAAGAACAUGGGCAGGCAUUGGUCACAUCAGACCUAACAGGCAAGAACUGUGUCAUUCUGGGGUGUCCUGCAGAAUCAUGCCUGUCGCUCUUUGUCUUCGGUUGUGGUUUCCUGGAUCAGUGGGCUCACUUCAGAAGCACAUUUUUUUUGUGGGGCUUUUUGAAAAGUAAUGUGGAUCUACGACAAUGUUUUAGUGAGCUUUAAAAACGAAAAUAAUACACUUCAUGUUGGAGUGUCCACAGAGUCAGAGGUUUGUGUAGCAGCAGCACUUGUCUUUUAUGUAUGUAAACUUACUGCAAAAUAUGGCACUAAAUACUUUUGUUGCAGGUAUUAAACUCCCCCCCCCGCAGCA